AUGCCCCUCGCAGAGAAGCUCGACCGCAAGCUGCGCCCGGCGGACGAUAGCUCAGAUGGUGAAGACUACUACGAAGUGACCGACCGUUCGUCUUCCGAAUCCAUUCUCGAAACUGCUAAUGCGAACAAGGACGACGCAUCCGACGACGAGCGCGUGAAAUCGCAAAUGAGCAAGGUCUCAUUUGGCGCCCUAGCCAAAGCACAAGACGCUCUUUCCAAGCAGCAGUCGGCAGAUCGCAAGCGCAAGCGAGGCGAAGACACAUCAAAGUCGCAAGAUGACAAGCUCGAAGCGUUAAGGGAGCGGUUACGGCAGAUCAAGGCGGAGAAGAUGGCGAAUGGCGCAGCUGGAGCAAAGCCCAAAAAGAAGAGUGAAGGCACGAAGAAGGGCAAGGUCAUUCAAGAUGAGGACGAUGAAGAUGACGAUGAAGAGGAUGUCGACAGCGACAAUUCGGACACAGAAGCAGCGCCAAAAGCUCGGUCGAGCAAGCACGCUCCCAUGGUGCAGUCUAGCAAGCGCAUGGUGUCGCGGAAGCGCAAGGUGGUAGAUGUCAAGAAGCCCGUGUUUCGCGAUCCGCGCUUCGACAACAUGGGCGGUGCAGCUCCGGACGACAACACGUUGGGAAACCGAUACUCUUUCUUGAACGACUACCGAGCCUCCGAGAUCGCCGAGCUUCGACGCACCAUCAAGAAAUCGAAGAAUGAAGGUGAAAAGGAGAGAUUGAAGAAACAGCUGCUUUCGAUGGAGUCGCAGCAAAAGGCUCGCGAAAACAAGGAGAAGCACCAAGAAGUUAUACGGGAGCACAAGAAGAAGGAGAAGGAGCUGGUCAAGCAGGGCAAACAGCCAUUCUUCCUCAAGAAGUCCGAGCAAAAGAAACUCGCCCUGAUCGACCGCUUCCAGAACAUGAAGUCGAAGCAACUCGACAAGGUUAUCGAGCGCCGCCGCAAGAAGGUCACUUCCAAGGAACGCAGAAAUAUGCCCGAGAGACGCACAGCAUAA